AUGCGCGGCUUUCACGGGAAGAGGUCACGAGAAGCUGUUACGCGGAGCGGAGGGACAGCAGGAGCAGGAGCGAGAGAAGCGAAUGGGGCAGCCGAAAACGCCACUGAUGAAAUUCGGCUUCCUGGGCGCUAUGUGUCGAAGCGGGAGCGGUUGAGGGUGGACGGGCAGAAAAGGAACAUAUCCACUCACGGGCAGCCAAUCGACAAGAUUUCGGCGAAAAAUGUUGUGCGGGAAACUGCGUACGGCGGGGAAGCCCUCUCGGACGCGCCCGAUUGGAUACAGAACGCGGCGGCGAAUCAGGAGGGUGCUGCUGAGCGAUUCGCUGCGCCGCGGCGCCUGAUGUGCCGGAUCCAGUCAGCCCACUCACGUCCUGCCACGUGUGUCAGGUGGUCCCCACAGUACGGUCAUCUGUUGACGUCAGCAGGGAUGGAUGGGGCAGUCAAAGUGUGGAGUCCUUUUGAAGAUAGCCCAGGAGAACGGGCAGAUUCUGGGAAAACUUUUCCUCUCUGCCCGGUUAGGGUGUUUAACGGUCACCGAGCAGCAGUGAAAGACUCGUCGUGGACGAACGAUGCCGCCCGGCUCCUGACAGCCAGCCUGGAUGCUACAGUGCAAGUUGCUGACGUGGAAUCAGGAGCUACAGUAGCAGAGGUGCGUCAGGGUGGCUUCAUGUCAGUUUGCCGCCCGGAUCCCUCCAACCCACAGAUCUUCGCCACAGGAGGCGAAUUUAAGCACGGCCAAUCACAGCAGCAGCACAGCAGCCGCUUCUUCUGA